AUGGAUUCCUGUACGGUGGCAAUGUGUGAAAAGGCAUGGGGUCGUCCGGGAUUUGCAAAACUUCUUGUUGAGGUAUGGGCUAUCGGUGACUUGAAAAGGCAAAUUGAGGUUGAAAUCCCUGAUCUCAAUGGAGGGGAAGCUAACAAUGUACAAAUCCAGGUGGAAUAUCUAUGGGAACCAGUUCAAUGUUACCAUUGCCAAGUUUUUGGACAUAAAUCGUCGUCUUGUCCAAAAUCUGUAAUCAAAGGUAAGAAAGUGGAGGGGAGGAAAGAUGCAGAAGGCUUUGUUAGAGUGGAAAAGAAACAAUGGCGCGCUACAACAGGAGGUAAAGCUAAAAAUUUUGUUCCUCGGCAAGAUAAAGUUAUGGAAAGGCAAGUCUCUAUGCUGGAGGUUGUGGGCGCCAGUACCUCGGGUAAAGAGGUAAUGGAUGAUCGUAAUAAGAGCAUUUCUUUGGAUCCUUCUAAGCAACCUGGACGUAAUGAGACAAACAAAGGCUCAGAAUCUCAUGUCGCUAGGGAUUCCCUUGAGAAUKUUUCKUCUUUUAUUUUUGGUCGGUGGUCUUSGAUUUCUAACCAAGUGGAAUGUGAUUCUGGAACUCGUAUUAUCAUUKCAUGGGAUUCACGAGUUUUAGAUGUUAUGCUUUUGGAGGUGCACAAUCAAUUCCUGAAUUGUAAGAUUAUCGUUCGAGAUAAUCAGGAGGCUUUCUUUUGCUCGUUUGUUUAUGGGGCCAAUGUAUACAAUGCUAGAAGACAAUUAUGGUUGGGAUUGAGGAAAUUUAAGGUCUUGAUUGGAGCGCAACCUUGGGCCAUAAUGGGGGAUUUCAAUACCAUGCUUUUCCCUCAUGACGGUUUUGGUGGAUCCUCUCGUCGUAAUGCUAACAUGGCGGAUUUUUUUGCCUGUAUUGAGGAUGUUGAAGUCUUCGAUCUCAAUUACACAGGUGUCCAUUACUCAUGGAACCAAAAGCCGAAUGCUUCUGGGGGUAUCAUGCGUAAAUUGGACAGAAUUAUGGCUAACUCGGAGUUUACUUCUAAAUGCCAGGAUAUUAUUGUGCAUUUCUUUCCGGCUGGUCUUUCGGAUCACUCUCCGGGUGUCUUAUCUUUAAAGGAGGAAGUCGAGAAAGGAGACCGGAUCCAGAUCGAUGUGGAUAAUGAUCCUUCUAAUGCUGAAUUGGGGAGGGAUCUUGGUGAUAUUCGUCUUUCUUAUCAAUUGGCUUGUUGGGAUGAAGAAUGUGCUGCCAAGCAGUGUGCCAAAGUCAAAUGGUUAAAUGAAGGUGACUCGAAUACGAAGUUUUUCCAUAGGGUGAUUAAAGAACGUCAUCACUCUAACUCUAUCAUAUCUGUCUGUAAUAGUCGGGGCAAUUAUGUUUCUAGCGAUGAUGUCCCUAAAGAAUUUAUGGAUUAUUAUAAGAGUUUCUUUGGUGUUCGGAAUGUUUCUACAGAUCCGGUCAUGGCUAAUAUUUCUUUUCCGAGGAAGUUAAUUCUGUCAGAAGCUCUUGAUAUGAUUCGGCCAAUCACGAAUGAAGAAAUUGAAAAUGCUAUGUUUAGCAUCGGAAAUCAUAAAGCCCCAGGAUCUUAUGGGUUUACUUCAAAAUUUUUCAAGGCUUCAUGGGGAAUCAUUGGCCGUGAUGUGGAGAUAACGGUCCAUAAUUUUUUCUAUCGAGGUAAUCUUCCGAAAGAAUUGAACCAUAAGCUUAUUUGUCUUAUUCCUAAAUCUGCUAAUGCUUCUAAGGUUACGGACUACCGCCCUAUAGCUUGUUGUACUGUUCUCUAUAAAUGCAUUAGUAAAGUUAUUGCUAAUAGAAUGAAGGGGUGUCUGGAUUCUCUUAUUGAUAAGGCCCAGUCGGCUUUUAUUCCGGGUAGGAGGAUAACGGAUAAUAUCCUUAUGGCUCAUGAACUUGUUUAUGGGUAUCAGUCUUUGGUUGGCCCUCCUAGAUGUGCGUUUAAAAUAGACAUUAAAAAAGCUUAUGACACGGUGGAUUGGAGAUUCCUCAUUGUUAUGUUAUAG